AUUUCUUAAGGUAGUUUUACCGACUGAUAAACGCAGUCGUCAUUUUGCAGUUGGAUGUUUCGUAGUGUACAAUAUUUCAGUUGAUAAACCGCAAUACAAUAUGACGUCUCAAGCGGAUGGUGCGGUGUUUUCCGAUGAACAGCCCAUACAUCACAUGAUUUCCGGUGAAGAGAAGGUUGUCCGUCUUGGCGGCCGGGUCGAAGAGCAACAGUGCCAAAUUGUAUGUGAAAAGGAUAAACUGCAAGUAAAUACAAAGCCAAUACUUGCUGAAAAUGAGCAGCUUAAAGAAGAAAAUGCUGCCUUGAACUCAAGCGGACAAGAGGUUGUGCACAACGAGUUUACCCGUGUUGAAAAUGAACUUGAACUGGUAACAGACGAACUCAUCCAAAUAGAGCAAAUGAUACAGGGGUCUAAGAUUCAACGGAUUCCUAAAUUAGAAGAAGAAAAAGAAAAUUUCAUAAAAUACCUGGAAAAGGUAAAACAGAUGUACGAAGAACAGAAUAACCAUCUGACAGAAAUACAAGAAGAAAAUAUUACAUUAGGUGAACAUAGUACUACACAGAAAGGACAUAUUCUUGCAUUGGAAUAUGAGCGGGAGGCUUUAUACUCACUGUUUGAACAACUACAAACAACAACAGCAAAACAGGACGAGAGACUUCAGUCUUUGAUGAACGACAAUUAUACACUUGAAGAAAAUAUGUCGGCAAAGAUUAUGCAAAUACAAUCAUCUGACGAAGAGAUACAAAGCUUGCGCACAGAAUUGGAAAGUGUGCACAAAACAAUUCAAAUCCAGGCGGACGAGAUUACCCAAUUAAAGAAAGACCAGUCUCUUCUAACGGAAAAAUAUUUAAAUCAGGGACUGAAACUGGAGGAAAUGUUCGAAUUAGACGAAGAACGGAAGAUUUUACAAACCAAAUUGGAAGAGUUAAACACCAAGUAUGAAGAGCAGAGUGCAAAGAUGUCAAUAUUUCGGAAGAAAAGCAUCACACUAGAAGAACUUGUUGCUACCCAGCGACAAGAGUUGAUUUCGUCAGAAAAGGAGAAGGAAGCCCUCAGUAAGGAAUUAGAAGAGAUUAAAACAACAAACGGAAAACUGAAUGACAGUCUCCGAGAAUUAACGGAAAACAAAGAGAAGACAGAGAGAAUAGUUUCCAUUGAGACAUCAGUGGAUAAACAGAGUCUUGUGAUCGUAGAAGAAACGCGAAAACUCCAGUCAGAACAAGACCUGACGCGGAAGACGAAUAAAGAGCUUAAUAAUGAAAUUAAAGGUAUAAAGCAAGAAAAAUACGCCCUAGAAAAACGAGUUUUCAACCAGAGACAGCAACUAGAUUCGUUUGAAAAAGAGAGGCAAAAGAUGCGAGCACAGUUACAAACGAUUAAGUCCACAUCCGAAGAUCAAAGAAACCAACUACAAAUAUUAAUGAAAGAAAAGGAUAAUCUGCAUAAAUCGUUUGAGAGCAAGAUGCUUGCUUUUGAGAAAGAGCACAACAUACUUCACAAUGAAUUGGAGCAGCUAAAUGAGAAGAAGGAUUUACAGGAAGAACAACUUCGAGCAAGUGCGGAAGAAAAAUAUUCGUUAGAAAAUAUUAUUGCUACAAAGCGCCAGGAGUUGAUUUCGUCGGAAAAGGAGAAGGAAGCGCUUGGUAAGGAAUUAGAAAAGAUUGAAACAGCAUACACAAAACUGAAUGAUAGUCUCCGAGAAUUAACGAACAACACAGAUGAGCUGGAGAUAGAAGUUUCCAUUGAGACAUCAGUGGAACGACAGAUUCUUGUAAUCGUAGAAGAAAAGCGUAAACUCCAGACAGAACAAGACAUGACGCGACAGAUGAAUGAAGAGCUUAAUAAUGAAAUUAAAAGUUUAAGGCAAGAAAAAGACGCCCUAGAAAAACAAGUGUUCAUUCAGAGACAGCAGCUAGAUUCGUUUGAAAAAGAGGGGCAACAGAUGCGAGCACAGUUACAAACAAUCAAGUCCGCAUCCGAAGAACAAAGUAACCAACUACAAGAAUUAAUGAAAGAAAAAGAUAAUCAGCAUGAAUCGUUUGAGAGCAAGAUGCUUGCUUUUGAGAAAGAGCACAACAUACUUCACAAUGAAUUGGAGCAGCUAAAUAAUAAGAAGGAUUUACAGGAAGAACAACUUCGAGCAAGUGCGGAAGAAAAAUAUUCGAUAGAAAAUAUUAUUGCUACAAAGCGCCAGGAGUUGAUUUCGUCGGAAAAGGAGAAGGAAGCGCUUGGUAAGGAAUUCGAAAAGAUUGAAACAGCAUACACAAAACUGAAUGACCGUCUCCGAGAAUUAACGAACAACAAAGAUGAGCUGGAGAUAGAAGUUUCCAUUGAGACAUCAGUGGAACGACAGAUUCUUGUAAUCGUAGAAGAAAAGCGUAAACUCCAGACAGAACAAGACAUGACGCGACAGAUGAACGAAGAGCUUAAUAAUGAAAUUAAAAGUUUAAGGCAAGAAAAAGACGCCCUAGAAAAACAAGUGUUCAUUCAGAGACAGAAGCUAGAUUCGUUUGAAAAAGAGAGGCAACAGAUGCGAGCACAGUUACAAACAAUCAAGUCCGCAUCCGAAGAACAAAGUAACCAACUACAAGAAUUAAUGAAAGAAAAAGAUAAUCAGCACGAAUCGUUUGAGAGCAAGAUGCUUGCUUUUGAGAAAGAGCACUACAGACUUCAAAAUGAAUUGGAGCAGCUAAAUAAGAAGAAAGAUUUACAGGAAGAACAACUUCGAUUAAGUGAGGAAGAAAACUAUUCCUUAAAAAAUAUUAUUGCUACCCAGGAGCAGCAAAUGAAAGAAAAAGAUUUGCACUAUACCGAGACAUAUGCACACGAAAAUGAACAAAUCAGAAACACAUUGUCAUCAGUUUUGAAAGACGAUGCUCGCUUGAGAACGUAUCUUGAUCCCAGAGCCAUCGCUGAACUGUACAAGAACCUUUAUAAAAACGUUUGGCCCCGCACUUUUGACACAGCCAAAAACCUGACAUUCGCUGGAAACGUGAAAAACGCUGUCAAGAAUAUUAUAGAGUGUGUUGAGAUGGUCAAUACAUUUUGUAAAAAAGAGUGUGGAGAAAUAAAGCGGCAUUUUAAAGAAAUGCUCGAAGGAGAAUCAGUUGGUUUAAAAGAGGAGGUUUUCGACGAGGCACGAAUUAUUCAAAUAAUAACUUCUGGUACAUCGGAACUCGCCUUAGGUUUGCUUGUUCAGGUAUUCAUGAAAACAUUAAUUCCUGGUUUUCAACUACAAAAGCUUGCACAUGCAUCUCCUGUAUUCGUCCGAGAGUGUAUUCGAAUCUUCUGGCUGCUGAACUUGCAAUGGCCACAAAUCGAGGAAUACACGAUCAAAGGUGAAGAUUUUGACAGAAACGUAUACGAGGCGCUUACCGAGCAGGGUGACAAAGUCGAGUACGUUGUAUGGCCUGCCCUCAUCUACGACGAAACCGUGCUAGCAAAAGGGGUUGCCAAAUGUUACCAGUCGUCAAUCCUCACACAAGCAUCUAGUCCUCCUUCAAAAGAUGUUCACCAGGAAACGUCAGAUGAAGAAGAGGGUAUUUCGUCUGAUGAAGAUGAGUUUGAAGGAAACAUGUCACGAUAUGAAUAUUAAAAGCUGCUCUAGCCGGUCUUGGUUUCACUACAGGAGUUCAAUACAACGUUUAUACGGAGGGAGAGCCAAACGACAGCAAUGGGGGGCAAAACGGUUGCAGUAUUUUUCCAUCAGUCGACAAUUUCUUUACAACGACAUCACAAACAAUUGCAGAUCCGGUGCGCGCAUUUGCAUCUCAUUUACAAACCAAAAUGUUUGAACCUGAUAACAAAGAGUCGGUAAAUGAUUGUGUAUGCAUUGUUUAAGCAUUAUGCGCAUCAACUGAAUCCUGUAGCAUGUAGCACGAUGCGUAUGUAACAUACAAAUGUGUGGACAUUCAUUCGAUAUGUUUUUAUUAAUAUUAUUCAAUUUGCAUUUUGUAGCGAGUUUACUAUCACAAAUUCAUGCCGUCUUACUAAAGAACAUUUGUGUGUGUUUUUUUUCAUUCCAAAUAAGUAGCUUUUUGUUUAAUCAUUUGUUUGUGCCUUAUAAACUUUUGUUUAUGUAUUUCCAUAGUGAUAAUGAGUGAUUUUCUCGUGUACGUUGUCAUGUAAUUUAUGUAAUUUAUGAAUUUGGUGAUGAAUACGAUAAUGCCCAUUGCGCAUUCAAUACAUUUUUGAGGCUUAACGAGAUGUCCAUCAACUAAUGGUCCCAACAAUUAAUCAAUCGAAUUACUACAUACACGCAAUAUGUAAAGAUAAGAACAAAAACUUGAAAAUUACAGAUAGUCUAUACACUAUUUUCAAAGUGUGUACACAUAAGGAUUUAAUAUUCGUAUAAGGUACACGUCUUUUAAAUGGCCAACAUCGCAUGUAUUUAUUUAAAGUAUGACAUAAAACAGAGGUUAUAUGUUGUAAUACGUAAAUACAUACACAAUCAUUGAUAAUGUUCAGUGUUUCACAAGAAAGCUAAGGGCACUGAAUACAAUUAAUUAUCCCUUACUCUCACAGUAUCGGUCCUCCCCAUAGUAUUUUGCAUUAAACGAAAAACCUUCAAGAAUUGCUGGAAAGGUUAAUGCUUUUCAAUUUUCAGAAGUUGUCAUUUAAUUGAUGGUUAUGAAUGUCUAUUAUGACGACCAGUCUAAUUAUUUCCGGUGUUCGUUGGUAAGUAGGUCAUCUUUAUUCCAGGGUGAUGCUAUGAUUUGUUAUUAUGUAACACACAAUUAUGUUAGUUUGUAUAUGGAUUAAUAGUAGCUUAAUCAAAUGUUUUAUAUGCCGCUUAUUUUUGAAUAAAAUAUAAAAAUGUUUUAAGAACAACAUAUGCAAGAGUUUCGUUUUUCUAUUAAGUUACUUGUUUUAGGUAAUAAGGAAAUACGCAUAGUAACAAAUCAUAGCAACCAAUCAGAAGGGACGAUUUUAUGAGACAAUUGUAUAUGAAAUAGAUUAUUACAGGGAGCUAAGUCUAGCCAGUAUAACAUCAAAACAUUGACGAUUUAAAUGCAGUUUUCGUUUUUAUAUCAAAGAAUACACAUUUAACUAUAGAGUUAACAUAUGCGUGUUUUUGUUUUUGUUCACUUCUAAUAUUCGCAUGUAUUCAUUAAGAGGCCCGAUACUACGGAUAGACAUGCUAGUGUCUUGUUUGUUUGUUUUCAAAGCUACAUUUUUAUCAUAAUACAAUAAAUCAAUACUCUUUG